UCAGAGAUGCAGAGAGUCCCCCAACUGACCACCCCCUGGGCUAAUAGGGACCUGCAGAGAGCCUGGGAGAAAACCUACCAGGACCACAGGAAAAAGGUUCUGAAUGCCCAACCACUAGUGGACACCCACCCACCACAGACUUAUAGCCACCUCUACCUGAAGUUCAAGAAACUAAAGGUGGAGGAAGAAAGGCUCUCCAUCAUCAACAGAGACAACUGGCUGCUUCUGCAGAGGGUGGCCUCUGCCAUGAGAGCCAGGGGACAGACUGACGGCGGAAAUAACUUUACACACAGAAGUCUAAACAGGAAGACAAGAGAACAGGCGCCUAUGGAAGCGCGGAAACGAAACAAACUCAUCCUGGAAAGACUUGGAAGCUCAGAGCCCUGGUUUGGAGCACAGAGACGGUGGGAGGACAGGGACGCCGUGGCCAGACGCACCCACAAAUGCAGACGCACCUGGAGAAAAGGAGCUGAAACUGACGCUCAGCAAGGACAUGGUCUCAUCUGGAUGCCCAACCUGAAAUGGAAAGGGGACAGCCGUGAGUGAGGGCCGUGACAUAGCACCCUGGAGCUUUGUGGUCACAGCCUUCACUAGAUGACACAGCACAGCUAUUUAUUGUGUUUCUUGGACUGAUAACCAAAAACAAACCAUGCAGAGUAACACCGGAAGUGACUGGAUAUUGAAUUAGACUUUCUUUUCUAGCUAUUAAUACUUUUGCUCAGUUACCAUGAGUUCAAGUAGUUGUAAUUCCCCUAAAAACUUUGUGAC